UUUGCUGUAUACAUUGUCACAUAUAAAUUUAAUAGGUUAAGUUUCUUUGAGUUUAGUAAAUACUAUCACAUGACGCAACUAAUUUAUCUUAACAUAUCUAAGGAAAAGAAUGAUUACUUUAAAACGCGAAGUUAACGAAGAAAUAAAGAUGGAUAAAAUUAGUGCAUCAGAAAAGAAACGAAUAGAAUCAUUAAAACAUAAGAAAAAAAUUUUCAGAGCUAAAGAAUUGGCAGUGCAAAAUGCACUGAAGAAUUUGGAUAAUAAUUCAAAUAAAAAUAAAAUAAUAUUUGAUGAUGAUGAUUAUAUCAAUAAAAUAGAACAACCUAAAAUCGAAGAAAAGAAGAAAAGAAGACUUGAUUUGUUUGAUGAUGAUGACUAUGAUAGGAAUGAUGAUGAGUCGGUUUGGGAUAAUAGUAAAUUUGAAAUUAACAAACAUUUCACAGGGGAGUCUCUUAGAAGUAAUAUUAUUUUGGGGAAUGAUGAACGGUUUAAACUUGACAAGCGUUUCAUAGAGAAUGAUAAAGAAUCGGAUAAAGAUAUUACUAAAGACACAAAAGGUGAUGAUGACAUUGAUUUACAAAAAGAAAAGGAAUUACAAUUAGAUAUUUUAGAAAAUAUUCUAGGAGUACCAAUUAAUUCAAAGAAUAAAGAUACAAAUAAGGAUGUAAAAUUUCCAAAGAAAGGAAUGAUUAGAUAUGAUCCUACAGAAAAUGGUCAUAAAGAAUAUGAAAUUAAUAUAGAAAAAUCUGAAACAGAAACCAAAAAAGUUAAGAAGAAGAAAAAUAAGAAUAAUACAGAUAACUUGAUUGAAAAUGCACCUGUAGAAGUGUCGAAAGAUAUAUAUUUUUCUGUGUCAGACUCACUAUCAAAAAGCUUGAAAGAAGGAGGGUCAUUCAGUUUAUUAAAAACAUUUGGGAAAGAAAUAACUAAUGAAAAAAAUGAUAAUAGUAAUAUUUUAAAUAUGGAACCAUUGAAGCCUCCAAAGACUCAAGUAGGUUUUGGCUCAAAGAAUCCAUUUAAAUAUGAUUCUUCUGAUGAAGAACGUGAUAGGAAGGAAGAAUAUACAAAUAAAAAAGAACAUACAAAUAAUUUGAUAGUAGACACAAAUAAGUUUUUCUUUGAUAGUAAUGAUGUUCGUUUUAGUGAGGCAGAAAAUUUUUUUUCGAAAGAACACGUGUCAGAAGAUACGUUUAAAGAGCUUAGACAAGAAGUAAAACAAAUUGUGCGUUCGAAAAUUCGAAAAAAUAUGAGAAAGAAGCAACCUUGGGGAUACAAAAAAAAAAUUAAAAAACCAUCUUAAAAUCUCUUUUAUUAAUCUUUUAAACAUAUAAACGAAUAUGUUAAGUUUAUACAGUUGCUUUCAAAUGAAAGAAAUGGAACUUGCUAAAAAAAUGUAUCAUAUAAAACAUUGUAUGAAAUAUAUCUCCUAUAGCAUAUAAAAUAUAAAAUAUCACACCUUUUUAACUGUGAAUUAACAUUUCUCUAUCAUUUGCAUUUUCAUUAACAUUGUGCACUUCAGCAACAAUGUAUUUGUAGUAAGAAAUUAUUGUCUCUGUUUAUGAUUUUAUCUUGUUACGACAGAAUUUAAUCAUUAAAGGUAAAGAGUUACUGGUCCUUAUUUAGUCUCUGUCACAGAGAGAAGAAAAUACAAACACAUAUGUAUUUCCUUAAAUUAUAAUAAUAAUUAAUAUCUGUCGUUUUUAAUUCUAUAAUUAGUCCUUUCUGCCUACUUUACGACAUGUUCUGUUAAGUAACUUUAAGAAGAAAUCAUGUGGAAGUCCACGAGAUAUUUGUUGUAUAUGUGUAUGUAGUAAGUUAUAUGUUUCUUCUUCAUAAAUAGCAUAAGUAUUUGAUACACCAAGCUCCUGAUAGAGUUGUUUUACACGAUUUAUUUUUUCUACAUCAGAUUGUCCAUAGCACUCCU